AUGCAUUGUGGAUUAGUGCUGUUCCUCUUAAUGGGAAUCUUCUUCGUCGCUAAGGCUUUCAAAAAUGGUAAGUGACAACUGAUAUUCCCUCGGCUGUGCUGGGCUAGCAUACUUAUCCUGAUGUUUUUAAGGAUUAACCGUCUCUAAACCUCCGCGGAUGUUUUCUGACUCGUUACGCAUUCACCUGCCUGUCUUCCCCGCGGGUUAGUGCUGCCAUUGUCACAGGUAUUUUACUGUAGUGUGGGUCGUUCUAUUUUUCAAAUGUUAUAAAAAGUUUGGCCACAGUAGCCUAGUACUAGGGUACUUCCCUCUUUCAUUGCUGUAGCAAAUACAUGUAGGCGGCACUUCAUUGCUUCGUUUCCACUAUGAGCAAACUCAUUUACGAUAAAAUGAAAAGAGAGACAUAAGAAAGAAUGAACCGCUAUAUUUCCAAUUCCCUUGAACAUUGCAUUGUAUCCUAUUCAAAACACAUUUUCAAGUACUUUACAUGGCAGAUGGUAGCUAUAAUAGAAAAGCAUGAUUGCGCACACAUAAAUGAAGAUAAACUGAGAGGCUAAUUUGGGCUACUUGAAGUGGCUUGUCUCUAGACACGAGAAAGUACUCGUUAUUCUCCGGCGCUUGGAGAAUUGGUCUGUAUGAAAAGGAAAACAAGUUUUAUAAGGAUCUGCGUGAAUCUAACAAACAUUACGAGCAUCAUUCGUUAAUAUAGAUUACUCAGCAAACGAAAAAUAGAUGGCAUAGAUAUUUGGUUUUAUGUAUUCAUGAAUACAUAGUCUACCCCCAAAACACAAAUCAAUUAUGCGCCUCACAGAUAAAUUGUGAAAAAACUAGAGUCUAUCAUUUUUAAUUGUUUGGCGUUAUUGCCAUAUGACACAUUGUCUACAAGUCGCAUGGCACCAUAUGUGCCAUUCCCAUGGAGGCUCAGCCAUACCCCGGUACAGCCACAGCAGCUCCCUGUCCGCUACAUUAAUCCAUUACUCCCUGUCAUUAGGAGUUGUUCUAGAUAAUAGCUGUUGGUGACAUUUCACAGAUUUUUAAAGUAGCCUAUUUUUGAAAAAUCAUUUUUACUUUAAAUGACAAGCGAUUAACAUCAACCGUUUUGGCCCAACACAAACCAUUACAAUUAACAGUAGGCUAUAGCCGAAACUUUUGAUAAUGUUUGUGAACAAUUGUAUUGUAUACCAUCCUUCUAUAGGCCUGUAAAAUAAAAUGUGUACCACACUGUGUUAACUGAGCAAAUUAAUACAAUGAAAAGUAAAUAUAACAGAUUUAUCAAAAUGUGGGAGAAAUUCAUAAUCUUUAGCGCAAUGACGGUCAGAAAUUAUUGACUUUACCGUGUGUCUUUACGCAGGUAGACCUAUCCAAAGUAGCCAAAACGCAUAUUCCAUUUGUUUGGUAUUUAUUUAGACACCGUGGGUAUAUAUUUCUAUGGAGUUGGCUUGUAAUUUAUCAGCCUAAAUAUAUAUUUAUAACAAUUAUUCAAACAAUCAUGUUCGACUCCAGUUUGUUUUUGAAAACGCGUAUAGGCCUACUCUCCAUCUUCAUCUGGACAAUAUUUUGAUUAAAACACACUCUUUCUGCAUUCAAUUCUAGCCAACAUUAUUUACUAAUUUGAAUCCCUGUAUCUGUGUCACUUUGGGAUGUUGUGCUGACUGUCUUUUCUCCACUUUCUUUCUUGCAGACAAGUGUGGGGACAACAUCAGAAUAACGAAUGCGAAUUACCUCACCUCACCUGGCUAUCCGGCAUCAUAUUUGCCAUCUCAGAAAUGCGUUUGGGUGAUAACAGCGCCUGGACCUCACCAGAGAAUUCUAAUCAACUUUAACCCGCAUUUUGAUCUCGAGGACAGAGAGUGC